CGUCGGUCGUGUUUACGGUACCGGCCGCUGCGCGCGCAUGUUUCCUCGUUUCCCGGUUCCCCGUAGCUCAGGCGGUGGCGCGGUGUCCGGCCUAGACUAUCUCUCACCAUCGGGGCCGGUUACGGCCGUUACAGGUUUUAAAAGAUGGCAAAGUUCAUGACACCCGUGAUCCAGGACAACCCCUCAGGCUGGGGUCCCUGUGCGGUUCCGGAGCAGUUUCGGGAUAUGCCCUACCAGCCGUUCAGCAAAGGAGAUCGGCUCGGAAAGGUUGCAGACUGGACGGGGGCCACAUACCAAGACAAGAGAUAUACAAAUAAGUACUCUUCUCAGUUUGGAGGUGGAAGUCAAUAUGCUUACUUCCACGAGGAGGAUGAAACUAGUUUCCAGCUGGUGGACACAGCGCGCACACAGAAGACCGCCUACCAGCGGAAUCGAAUGAGAUUCGCACAGCGAAAUCUCCGCAGAGACAAAGAUCGACGGAACAUGUUGCAAUUCAACCUGCAGACCCUGCCUAAGAGCGCCAAGCAGAAGGAGAGAGAACGCAUACGACUGCAGAAAAAAUUCCAGAAACAAUUUGGAGUGAGGCAGAAAUGGGACCAAAAAUCACAGAAGCCCCGAGACUCUUCGGUGGAAGUCCGCAGUGACUGGGAGGUGAAGGAGGAGAUGGACUUCCCUCAGCUGAUGAAGAUGCGGUACUUGGAAGUGUCAGAGCCCCAGGACAUUGAGUGCUGUGGUGCCCUGGAGUACUAUGACAAGGCCUUUGACCGCAUCACCACGCGGAGUGAGAAGCCGCUUCGGAGCAUCAAGCGUAUCUUCCACACCGUCACCACCACAGACGACCCCGUCAUCCGGAAGCUGGCGAAGACUCAGGGCAACGUGUUUGCCACCGACGCCAUUCUGGCCACACUGAUGAGCUGCACCCGCUCUGUGUAUUCCUGGGACAUCGUCGUCCAGAGGGUCGGGUCCAAGCUCUUCUUUGACAAGAGGGACAACUCUGACUUUGACCUUCUGACAGUGAGUGAGACAGCCAAUGAGCCCCCUCAAGAUGAGGGUAACUCCUUCAACUCGCCCCGCAACCUGGCCAUGGAGGCAACCUACAUCAACCACAACUUCUCCCAGCAGUGCUUGAGGAUGGGGAAGGAAAGAUACAACUUCCCCAACCCCAACCCAUUUGUGGAGGACGACAUGGAUAAGAACGAGAUCGCCUCUGUGGCGUACCGUUACCGCCGGUGGAAGCUCGGGGACGACAUCGACCUCAUCGUCCGCUGUGAGCACGACGGUGUCAUGACUGGAGCCAACGGGGAGGUGUCCUUCAUCAACAUCAAGACCCUCAACGAGUGGGACUCCAGGCACUGUAACGGCGUUGACUGGCGACAGAAGCUUGAUUCUCAGCGAGGGGCUGUCAUUGCCACCGAGCUGAAAAACAACAGCUACAAGUUGGCCCGCUGGACCUGCUGUGCUUUGCUGGCCGGAUCCGAGUACCUCAAGCUUGGUUAUGUGUCCCAGUGCCACGUGGUCUGUGCCAGCGGGCCCCACCCUAACACUCCUCCCCCCGGCAGUUAUGUGUCCCGGUACCACGUGAAAGACUCUUCGCGCCACGUCAUCCUGGGUACCCAGCAGUUCAAGCCCAACGAGUUCGCCAGUCAGAUCAACCUGAGCGUGGAGAAUGCCUGGGGCAUCCUGCGCUGCGUCAUCGACAUCUGCAUGAAGCUGGAGGAGGGCAAGUACCUCAUCCUCAAGGACCCCAAUAAGCAGGUCAUCCGUGUCUACAGCCUGCCCGACGGCACCUUCAGCUCCGAUGAGGACGACGAGGAGGAGGAGGAGGAGGAAGAGGAAGAAGAAGAGGAAGAAGCCUGAACCAGAUGGUGACGCGGAACUGGUGUCUGUGACUGCAUCGAGCCUGGAGGACCCUGAAUAUCUGGUGGGAUGUGUGUCUGACUCUUGCUCUCUGAAGCUGGGCCAUUGAAAUAAACUCUAUUUAGUCCCUUA